AUCGGAAAGAAGAAGACUUUAAUCAGACUAUUAGAAAAUGGAGGCACUGUUGAGGAAGAGGUCAUUGAUAACAACAACUGUUGUAUUAGUGAUGAAGAUUUGCUACGUUUGGGUGAUAUUGGACUUAAAGUAAAGAAUAACGAUAUUCAUAAACAUUACGGAAACGCAAGAGAUAUAGAAUGGGGUUUAAAAGGGGGCCAAAUAUUUAUGCUUCAGUCGAGACCCGUAACUAAUUUAGACAAUUCUUACACCGAUUACGAGAUUAUGCAUGAAUUGGAUACUCCGCAACCCGACACAAUCAAAAUGUCCACAAAUAUUGAGUCCAACUCUUUGUCCAAACGAAGACAUAUUAUUGCCAUUGAAUCCAAAGUCAUCGGAAAGAAGAAGACUUUAAUCAGACUAUUAGAAAAUGGAGGCACUGUUGAGGAAGAGGUCAUUGAUAACAACAACUGUUGUAUUAGUGAUGAAGACUUACUACGUUUGGGUGAUAUUGGACUUCAGAUUCACAGACAUUACGGAAACGCAAGAGAUAUAGAAUGGGGUUUAAAAGGGGGCCAAAUAUUUAUGCUUCAGUCGAGACCCGUAACUAAUUUAGACAAUUCUUACACCGAUUACGAGAUUAUGCAUGAAUUGGAUUCUUCACAUCCGACAGAGUUUGAAAUUUAUUCGCGCGCCCAUUGGGGUGAGAACUUUCCCGGCUCAUCAUCAUGGAUUUGUUUGCAGUGGUUUUGGGCUAAUAAAACUAAUUUUUUCCGUCAGGAAAUAUUAAACGGAAAAUCGAUUGACGAGGAUUACAAUCCGUUCUUUGAAGUAAUGGGCAUUCAAUACAAUCAAGUGAUGUUUAAUUUAAGCAGUGGUCCAUUUAAUUUUUUUGCGGGUUACCCGGAGUCAAAACAGGCGCAGUCUAUGGUAUUAGCGAUGUUUGGCCAUCAGAUCGACGACAAAGAUGUCCUCCAAUUAUUCCGGAGAAAACAAUUGGAGGACACGAAGCCGUCACUGAUAGGGAAAGUCCGGAUGAUUUCAUAUCUAAUACAUUCCCUACUCUUUGGACCCAAAAACUUAAUUAAAACAAAAGAGGAGACAAUUGAGAAGAAUCGGUACGAUUUGGUCGACAUUUUGAAACAUAAAUCCAAUAGUAAAGACAUAUUCAAUACAAUUUUGGACAAUCAGUUUUUUAUAACAAACACAGCGUUAAAAAAUCACGGCCCGGUCUCUAUGGGGUCGGGAUUUAAAAAUAGCAUUUUGAAAUCAGUUCUUGAAUCAUCGACAGAUAAUAAUAACAACGUUGAGGACGAUUAUAAUCUAAUGAUAUCUUCGGCGACAAAUGUAAUCAGUGCUGAAGUGCCAAAAAUGUUGAGUGAAAUCGCAAAGUCUAUUAAAGACAAGCAAUGGUUCCGACAAUUGAGUGAUGAGGAAGCGCUUCAAGUGCUGACCACUGGAAGCGAUGAGUCCUCACAAAAGUUUAGAUUCUUUAUUGAAAGACACGGACACAGAGGGUAUCGGGAAUUGGAUCCCAUGUAUAAGCCAUGGAAAGGCAAUCCAAUGCCUUGUAUUAAAACUAUUAAAACUAUCUUAUCGGGAAAUGAAUCACAAUUUGACGCAAAGAUUGAAAAAUCUGUCGAAGAAGUUGUGAAUGGAUUAAAGACACCAUUGACUACAUUCAAGAAACUUCUGUUAAAACAAGUAUUGCUUCCGUGGACUCGAAGAGGGAUUGGAUAUCGAGAGCUCUCCAAGUAUUUCAUGAUUUGGAUGAAUAACAAAUGCAGAGAAGGGUUUUGGCAUUUGGCUCAACAAAUGACUAAAGAAGGACUCAUACCAUCGGUGGACACAUUCUUCUACUUGACUGUCACUGAAGUGGAAGCGCUAUGUAAUGGACAAAGAGAUCCAUUGAUAUUCUCGAGAGUAAGACAACGGCGAAGACUUUACCCUCGAAUGGAUAAAUACAAGUUCGAAGAGUUUAUUAAAGGACCCGAAAUGAAACCCAGAAAUUUUGAGGACCAAAUUAUACCUCCAGUUCUGACCUCAGGUAUGGUUCAAAUGACGGGAACACCAGUUAGUAAUGGAUCCAUAAAAGCGAGGCCGGGAGAUAUUCUGAUCACGUACUCGACGGACAUCGGUUGGAGUCCUUACUUCCCAUUACUUUCGGGUAUAAUCACAGAAAUCGGUGGAACGAUAUCUCACGGGGCAGUCAUUGCCCGCGAAUACGGGAUCCCGAGUCUGAUAGCAGUGGAGGGCGCGUGUCGUGCCUUCAGGACCGGCNCCGAGUCUGAUAGCAGUGGAGGGCGCGUGUCGUGCCUUCAGGACCGGCGAUAUCUGUCUAUUGGACAC